AGAAGACACCAGAGAGGAGGUCAGGACGUGCAGAACUCCUAGGCUGGUCAGAAGGCACACUGUGAAAGGUAAAUGGGAGAUUUGGAGACUAGCUUAAUCCAUACACGAAAAUCAUGUAGAAUAGAGCAAAUGGUAGCAAAAUGGCUUCAUCGUUCUCGGGACAGCACACCCAGGAGCAGCGUGCCUGUGAUGGACAGUCCCGGGGACAGCGCAGCCCAGCCCCCCAGCAGGGUCAAGGUGACUGUCACCGUGUACAAGGACCUGGUCCUGCAGCACUAUGGCUUCGAGAUCUGCCCAGGCCUUCCCCUGACCAUUGCAUCCGUCACUGCAGGGAGCACGGCCGAGGGCAAGCUGCAGCCCGGUGACCAGCUGCUCGCCAUCAACUCCAGCUCGGUGGACGGCGUGUCAGUGGAGCGGGCAGCCGGCAUCAUCAGGGACGCUGGCGACGAGCUGCACCUGACCGUCCUGCGCUGCCCGUCCGGUGGCCCCAAGUCAUCGUUCCUCACGGCAGAGAAGAGGGCGAGGCUGAAGACGAACCCCGUCAAAGUGCGGUUUGCGGAGGAGGUGCUGCUGAACGGGCACUCGCAGGGGAGCUCCCUCCUGUUUAUGCCCAAUGUUCUCAAGGUGUACCUGGAGAACGGACAGACAAAGGCCUUCAGGUUUGAGAGAAGCACCACUGUGAAGGACAUCGUGCUGACCCUGCAGGAGAAGCUGUCCAUCCGCAGCAUCGCCCACUUCGCCCUGGUGCUGGAGGAGCAGUACAACCUGGCCAAGAUCCACCUGCUGCACGAGGAGGAGCUCAUUGCACAGGUGGUCCAGAAAAGAGACUCCCAUGACUACCGCUGCCUCUUCAGAGUGUGCUUUAUCCCCAAGGACCCCUUGGACCUCCUGCAGGAAGACCCAGUGGCCUUUGAGUAUCUGUACCUGCAGAGCUGCAGUGAUGUGCUCCAGGAGAGGUUUGCAGUGGAGAUGAAGUGCAGCGUGGCAUUACGCCUGGCUGCCCUGCACAUUCAGGAGAGGAUCUACGCCUGUGCCCAGCCACAGAAAGUGUCCCUGAAAUACAUUGAGAGGGACUGGGGAAUCGAGAACUUCAUCUCCCCCACCUUGCUGCGAAACAUGAGAGGGAAGGACAUCAAGAAAGCCAUCAGCUACCACCUGAAGAGGAACCAGGUGCUGCUGGACCCUCGGCAGAAGCAUACGCUCACAGCAGCCCAGGUGCGCCUGAGCUACCUGCAGAUCCUGGGAGAGCUGAAGAUGUACAGCGGGAAGAUCUUCAAUGCCACCAUGAUGCUGCAGGACAGGGAGUCCUACGUGGCUCUGCUGGUGGGGGCCAAGCACGGCGUGAGCCAGAUCAUCAACAGCAAGCUCAACAUCGUCAGCAGCCUGGCCGAGUUCCCCAGCAUCAGCAGGGUGGAGCUCAGCGAGGAGUCCGAGCGAGUCAGCACCGUCAAGAUCUACCUGCAGGACCUGAAGGUGCUUACCCUGCUGCUGGAAUCGAACAGUGCAAAGGAUCUCGUCUGCCUCAUCGUUGGGUACUACAAGCUCUUUGUGGAUGCAAACGGCUCCAUAUUUACCUGGGGAGAGAAAAACCAGCAACUGCACCGUGUCUCAGCUGAAGAAGGGUACGAAUCGCGCCCCUGCAGCGACUCUGAGGAUUCCUGGGAUUCCUGCUCGGAGCGUGGCAGGGCCAGCCGGGCUGCGGAGGGGCAGCCAGAGCCCGGUAGCCCCGGGGCGAGCAGCGCAGAGCCCCAGGCUGGAGGGGGUGACCCUGGCGACCGCGGUGACAUCGCCACCGACAGCGCCUCGGAGGCGUCCGACUCGGCCAACACCGGGAGCCGGGGCUUCAAGACGAGCGGCUCCAGCGAUUCCGUGGACGCGCUGGAGGAAGAUGAGCUGGAAGCGUGCUCUUCCUCCCGGCCGGAGCUGUUCCACUUCUACACGCCCACCGUGCAGGAGAUGAGCAGCUCCGACGGCAGCUUCGUGCCGGUGUGCGCGGCGGGCAGCCCCGGCGGGGCGGGGGCCGGCGAUUAUUUCUGCUUCCUGCAGGUGCCACCGGGGCCCGGGGGCAGCCCCGCGGGGCAGGGCGAGGCGGUGCCCGCCCUGCAGGCCAGGCUGUCCGGGGUGGACUCCUCGGGCUACUACAGCCCGUGCUGCAGCGCAUCCCCCGCGGGCCCGGGGCUCGGCAGCGGCGCCGGGCACAGCGACCUGGUGCUGAGGCCACCGCCGGGCUUCGGGGACUCCAGCUCCGAGGAGGAGUUCUACGAUGCUGCGGACAGGCUCAGCCCUCUGGACACACUGGCAGGGUCUGAUAUGGCAUCCUGGGAGGGUGCAGAGAACUCCUCCUGCAUCCCCAAGAGGCUGAGGUGCUACAGCUUGGGGGAGAACCCAUCGAUGAGGGAGAAGCACGGGCAGGAGAAGGAGCUGACCUGCACCAAGAGCCUGAGGAAGAGGAGGUCUUUCCUGGAAACUGAUUACACCUCACAGGUCAGUUUCCCUGCGGCUCUUCCAGGCUCUCCACAGCGCUGCUGCUCCUGGCUGCCCACCCAGCCCUCCGCCGAGGACACGGGGAAGGACAUGGAGAUGGCCACCAUUCCUGUGGCCACCCAGGCCCAGAGGGACACUGCUGGCCCAGCCCCCUGCUCUGCUCUGAUGGACAUGGAGCCUGACACCAUGGAGACAAAGCCAGUGAUGCAACAGCUGGUUUCCUCUAAUUUGGACAUUCACCAUCCCGGUGACCAGUGUGGCGAGGAGCACAGCAGCCCGCAGCCACAGCUCCCCCCUGUGCUGUCCCCGGAGCCCGGAGGGCAGAGUGGGGCUGCCCAGGAAGGCUCCCCAGUGCAGACACAUCCUGGGUGUCUGAGUGAGGAGAGCUGUGCACCCACCGGGGGCUGCCAGACCCAGGGGGCACAGGGGCAGGGGGCUGAGCUAGUGGCCACCCAGCACAAGGCCACUGCUGAUGAGCUCCAGGAGGGGCUGCUCCCCACAAGUGUGGAGCUUUCCCUGGCUCCCUGUCAGGAGAGCAAAGCUGGUCAGAGCUGUGUCAGUGGCGAGGGCAGUGCUGGUAGCCAGGGCCAUCCUGCUGGUCAGUGCUGUGCCCACAGCAGUAGCCAGGGAGCCGUGUCCCGGGCUAGGAGCCCCCAAGUGCUGAGUGGGGAGACCCUGAGGAAGGUGCACCAAGGCCAUGCAGGGUUCCCAGAUGCAGCCCAGCUCCUGGCAGACUGCAGCAGUGCCCCGGGGGUUCUCACCCGCCUGUCCUGGCUCUCCUUCGGGGUCAGGACAGACCCCGUGUCACACAGCCUGCUGCAGGACACGGUGGAUGACCCACCUGAGCCUUUGGCCUGCCUGACCACCAGCAGGUGCAUGGGGGCCAGUGCUGUUGGAAGGAAGAUGCCAACAUCCCCUGUUGGGGCAGGCUUUGGCUGGGAGCUGGCGAGCAGCUCAGGGCUAGGGGCAGAGCCCACGGCAGAUGCAGGAAAUGAGGCUCAGCAGGAGCCGCAGCCUCCACAGGCUUCUCUUCCCAAAGCACAGGCUCCAGGGCUGGGGAGGGGCUCCUGCCUGGCUCUCUCCCCAGAGAUUUCCGCCUCCUCAGUCCCCGUUCCCUUGGGGAAAGGAGCAGGAGCCUGCGGGGCUGCCAAGCACUCCUUGCUGUGUUUGAAGCCCGAGGAGGGUGAGCAGAGCCCUGCACUCCCCGUGCCAUCCCGAGCCCUGGGCUGCUCCCCAGCCCCUCGGGGCUUGGACAGCUGCGGCUGCCGGCUGCCCUACAUCAGCUGCUUCCCCCAGCCCCAGGGCCAGGGGGAGCGUGAAGCCAGCCCCUCCCAGCUGCCAGGGCCCCUUACCACCCCCCCAGCCAGCAGCUGCAGCCUGCCCAGGACCCCUGGGAGCAGUUUCCCCGUCUCCAUUGCUGGGGACAUGGCAGGGCAGGACCCCCACAUCCGAGUGCUGGGGCAGCUGAAGGACCAGGCGUGGGUGAGCCCUGCGGAUUUCUCUCGCUUCCUGGCCUACACCGUGGAGCUGCAGGAGGUUGUAAGGAAGCUCUGUGGGAACCAGGCAACCCACCUGCACGACCAAUGUGCAGAGCAGGGUGCAGAGAGCAAGGGUGCCCUGGGCUGGGCUUCCCAGGACCUGCUGUCCAGCUGCCAGGCACUGCUGAGCACGGACCAGCCUCUGACAGAGGUGCAGUGUGCCCUGAGAGCAACUUUUGACCGCCUGGUUCACCUGGCAGUGACCUGCUUCCAGGUGACACACUGCUGGCAGUGCAGGCAGAGACAGCAGGAGCUGGGAGCUGCGCUGGGGGAUGUGGUGGGCACCUACCAGCAGCUGGUGCAGGCUCUGCACCAGCAGCUCCAUGGGCAGGUCUGCCCUGAGUUGGGCACCAAGCUCCUUGCCCGCCAGCACACGGCCCUAGCAGCUGCCAUCUUCUGUCUCCUGCAGCAGUUCAGGGCAUCCCCGUGGCUGUGA